GAAACUACAAAGUUACUUUUCAAUUUUUCCCAAAAAUCAGUGUUUUUAAGCUUGAUUAUUGGUAAUUUUCUUAUAAUUUCGAACAGCCCUGUAGUAAAUAAAAUGGUAGGGUUAGAAAUAUCCGAACGGUAGCCCACUGACGGCAAACGUUCGUGAACGCAGUCGCCAGCUUGACCUCGAAACGUCAGCUGUGUGUCGCGGCCGUCUUGACUUUACUGGACAGAAAUGGCGGCGCUAUGUCCAGGUGUUCAGUAUGGGUUGUCUUCGCAGCAAAAUUUUAGUGAAAAUAAAGACUUGAUAUUUGUGAAAUUAACGGAUUCAGCAUUACGUGCAAUCGAAGAUUAUAUCAAAAAUCAGAACAAAUGCAACUUUCAGAGUCCACGAAUAAGGUUCCUAGGAAAUGAAAAUGGCGAGCUUUCGUUUCCGUCACAGCACCAUGAAUCCGGUCACACGUCGUUCAGUUUCGCCAUGUCGACGUCGGCCGACAUGGAGGGCCCCGCUGGCAGCUUCGAGUGCAUCCAGGGCACUCCCCCUCGGGGGCCCCUCGAAAGUCUCGGAUCGAUCCGGUACAAGAUUCGGGUGCAUGCCAACGAAGACGUGUACGAGGCGACCAAAAAUCGCAUGACUGAAGCCGAAGACAAGUACAAAAACAAAUGCACGCGCGAAAUUAAACCGAACCAAACGGACAUUGGUCGCAAAGUCAAAGUGAAGCAAACCCCAUUGACAUCGUCAUCGUCGUCAUCCAGGCCGCCAUUGUUGCCGUCGUCUCAGCAGCCGCGACCAGCGCUGCCUUCGAUGCGAGACAGCUUACUCAAGCAACCCUCGUAUCCGAAUCCGUCAGUCGUAAAGCCGCCCCCAAGUACUAUUCAACCGUCAUCGCACUCGUCCCUAAGCAAUGGUCUCUCCAAUGGACUAGGCAGUAACCACGUGAGUAGCUCUCAACGAAGCACCGUCCAUCACAACAGGAAACCGUCUGUACCGGAAGUAGCUAGAAGACCUUUGCGAGAACGAUUGAUCCAACUUCUGGCCUUGAGGCCGUUUAAGAAGAUCGAGCUGCACGAUCGUCUCAAUAAAGAGGGCCUCCGUGGACAAAACAGCAUGAGUACCAUAUUGAAACAGAUCGCGAGUAUGAGAGAUAAUUGUUUUUACUUAAAUAGGAACUUGUGGAACGAGGUGAACGACGAUUGGCCAUUUUAUACUGAGAUGGAAAAGCAAAUUCUCAAAAGGCGUAAACCACAAAAUUUGACGCCACCAGGAGGCAGCGACGGAGGUAGUUCAGGUAGCGGGCAAUCGCCCACCAGUACCCACCCAGGCUCGCCACCGCUAAUUACGUCAACUAACGGUGUAAGCAGUGGGGCGAAAAGACCUAGUUACAAUGAGGGCGGCGAUGGGUUCCCAUACAAACGGCAGCGAAUAGCUCAUGGUGGUGUGAAAGGUACCUCGCUACAAUCCGACAACGGACAAAUCGGGUACAAUAAUCGGCAACAAAAUGCUCCAGAUCCGAUUUACCGACAAUCGGAUACCACGUACAAUCGGUCUCCAGUGGAACAGAACAACAGUCAGAGGAGGCCCGCUACAGACCUUCGAGACUCUUCCAAUAUGAAUCCAAGGAGCAGGGAAUCGCCUCCCAAUGGAUUUUUUAAUUCCUAUGACAAUCUUCCCCCGCCCGAGGAUGACAAAAAGCGACAGUGUGAUACUAGUGCGAAUGGCUUAACGUUUGGUGUCAGUAGAGAGAAAACUUUUAGAAGUGGGUCGCCCAUGAAUAGUGGUUUGAUGACUGAGGAAGCGCGAAGAGGCACAAGUAGUCCCAUAUUACAAAGUCAAGUUGUUGCCAAUGGUGUGCAGAGAGAUAAAGACAGGCGGAAUAAUAAUAAUAACAAUCAUAAGGUUUCGUCCAGUAGUCACAGAAUAGCCAGAGUUAGUCCAGAUAGUCAAACGGAAGGAAUGCCCAUGGCUCCUGCUCCUGAAAAAUCACCCACACCGAUUAGUCAUGAUAGUGGUGUGACAGAUGAGAUAGAAUUUCCAGAUUAUAAAAAGCUGUACAUUAAGAUUACGUCGCCAGAACAGAAAAGGGCAUACAAGGCGGAAUUCAAUGCCGACUACGAUGAAUACAGAAACCUCUAUCCUAUUGUAGAAAAGGUUUCCAGACGAUUUUCACAGCUAGAGGAGCGGUUGAAACAAGAAGAAGUGAACACUCCUAGAUAUAAAGAUAUAAAGAAACAAAUAGUCCGAGAAUACGCAGAAAUGAAAAAGGAUCUCGUGCAUCAAAGGGUCAAAAGUCGUUUUCAAUACUUGCACUCGAAACUGUCGCACAUCAAAAAGCUAGUCAGCGAGUUUGAGCAGGCGCAACAGCUGACUGUUACAUGUUAGCCACUCCUUCACACCUUCAAUAAAAAACGUUGUUGCCGCUCUUUCGAAAAGAAAUUUAGGAUAUUAAAGCAGGAAAGUUUCUAGUGCGCGAUUUAAAACUAUUUUGUUUUAGAAAAAAAAAUUCAGUUAAGUGUUGACAAGUUUUUUUUGUUGUUGUUAUUGGAGAGUGAUGUGCUUGGCCUCCAAAAAAAAUAUUUGAAAAAAAAAAUGGACAUUUAAGAAUUGAUGGUUAGCUUAAAUUAUUAUGUAAAACUAGUGUUCUGGAUUGAUACGGGUCAGCGAUGCUAGUGCAAAUUGGUACCGCCUUGAGACGCCGGUUGCAGUUACGACUACAAAAUAGAAGAAUCAACAUCACACCUUGCUCAAGCCAAUAAUGUGAUAGCCAAAUUGAAACAACACACUUUGUUGUCAACUUAUUUUCAAAAAGUCCAGUUUUGGCACAGUACUGGAUGGAUUCUCUUGCCUACUAUUAUUACUACUAUCUACUAGUUAACUAUUAUACUACGUAAUUGAAACCCAUCGAAAUCUACUACUUGCAACAUAUCCGUCACUUAUCGGGAUAAAUUCAGUCCAAAAAAAAGUAAAAUAUUUUUUUUCUCUUCCAUUUUUUAUGCGGAUAUCACAUGAUUUUGUUAACGUAUCUUGGUCCAUAUCUUAUGCUACAUCAAGUAAGUAGUUGAUAAUAUAUUUUUUUGGUUUUUAGGAAAUUUUGAAAUAAAUAAUUGUAGUAUCCGCAUAACUAAUAUUUGACGUAAUCAUAUCCAUAAUUACUGAGCACAUAUCUUUUUUAAUUUUUAAAAUAUAUUUCUGUGGUGCCAUAGAUGUAUAUUUUGCUUCAUUUGCAUCAAAAUGCAAAAGAAAGUUGCUGUUUUCUUCAACAAAAAAAAAUUGUAUCAACUUCCGUUGCCACUGUGCCAAAUUGUUUGGUCAAAUCUUUUUAAGGAUACUCUCAAGACAAUUGUAAUUUUGUUUUUUUUUUAAAUUAUUAUUAAUAUUAAUUUAUUGUUGAUAUUCAGUUUUUAUUGUAUUUGUAUAUAUUGUGGUGAAAGCUUUAGACCAUAGUUAAAUUUUAUUGGGUAUUUUGGAUAUUUACAUUUGUGGACUAAGGCAGCUUUCAGACUGGCGAUGAUAUUUUUAAUUAUUUAUUUAUUAUUUUAUUUGGCUCAUGGCACAAGGGUUUUUUGACAUCUCAAAGUUGCCAGUCUGAAACAGCCCAGUGCAAUAGUGACGAGUUUUAAAUUGCCGCUGAGAAAAAGAAAACGUAUUUUCCAAGAAAAUCUGUUUUCAGUUUCUCGAUUGAGGGGUUUAACUACUCAAAUUUCACAUAUAAAGGAACCCUGUGCCUAAAGUGGCUCUUAGUCGGUUGAAUUUCAGUUUUAAUAAAUGAAGUAUUGGGCAUUCAUUUUUAACUUAUUUUAAAAAGGGCAAAGGACAAAAUUUUUAUCAAUCAAGAUUGGAUUGGCAAUAGAAAAUUAGAUUAAGUCAACCAAUCAUUGAGAUUCAUUAAUCCACACUGUAAAUUUUAAUCCAAUCGAAAAGACCUAAUUGUUUUAUUGUUAUUGAACCCAAAUGCUGUACAUAUUUUUAAUGGUCUAAAGUUUUUCUAUUAGAAUUCCUCACUUCCAUGUUAAUCUUGUUUACAAAAAUGGUUGAGUAUGCCAAAAAAACUCGAGCAUCUUGCCUUUUUGGGUUGUGCAAAAGUUUUUAUUAUUUUUAAGUAAAUAAUUUGCCUAAGAGAACAAAUAAAUCCCGUUUAAGGCAAGGAUGCUCAUUAGCCCUAUUAUUGAUGAAGUGAGCAAUAUAAGCAAUAAUUAAAGAAAUUAUAAAAAAAAAUCCAAAAAAUUGGUGAUUUGUCACUGAAAUAGAUAGAUGUCCAAACAAUUACUUGUGUAGGUUUCAGUAUAAUCAAUCGAUUAGGCUAAUGAAUUUUAUCGGUUGGAGUUUAUGGAAACGAUUUUAAUCAAAAUGAGUUCUAGAUCAAAGGAAAUCAAUAGAGUCAAUAUCUAAAUUUAAUCAAAGUCAAUUAGUUUAGUUAAAUUUAAAUUGGGAGACAGUGCAAUUGUUCGAAUCAAUUAUCGGUAACGAAUUUUGGCGCUUAAGUAGUUGCCUUAAAGUACUUUUUGGCCUUAUUCAGCUAGACAAACUCAGACGAAAUAUUGUGGUGGACCAAAAAAUUAUUAUUAUUUUGAUUUUUUGCUGUUAAUUUUUGUAGAUGUUCCUCUGGAAUACUUGGUUGUGUUAAGGAGUCCAGAAAUCAGCUUAAUUUCUGGAUUUGUUGUGGCGUAUUCGACUACCCUGCUUCAGUACAGACUCAGCUGGCUUCUUUGAUAGUGCAGUAGAAUUAUUCUUGUUUGGGUUAAUUCAAUUUACCACAAAAUCAUCAAUACUUGAUAAAUAAAUAUAAGUUGGAGCAAAAAUAAUAACUUUAAUAUAAAUAAAUGAAAACUAAAUUACCAAAUAAGGGAAAAAAGAAAACACGAUAGAAAUUCUAGAUUAGCAGUGAGCAAAUUGUUAGCAUUAAGUAACUGAGUUAUUGAUCAAACUUUUAUAGUGAUCAGCUUAUACAUUAGAAAGCAUUUGUUAUAAUAAGAGAACAUCUUUUUCUUCGUGUUCUUAUCCACUCCCAUAUUUUCCCAUUUCUGCCUGUCCAUUUUUUCCCAGCAAUCCCCUGAAUGUAAAUACGCCAUCUUUUUUGAAGUCUUCCAACUCUCUCUAAUACUACUUUACAUUUCUGGAUAUUGAGAGAUCCAACUUAUUGUGUCAAUAUAAUCUACAAUAGAAGUUGGGAUCGGCAAAACUAGGACACAGAAAAACAAUACUGAACCAUCAUGGAAGUCCUUUGGAACCCCCAAACGAUGAUUUUAUGUGAUCUUGAUCCACAGAUGACACAUAGGACUUUAUCCAUCCAUCGAAUAUCUCCCACAAAGACCAAUUUCCGAAAACUUCUUGAUGAGUAAAUAAGUGUAUUAUAAUCAUCAACCUGCUUCAAAGACUGAAGACAUAUCACUAGAGAAAAAUUGGUGGAAAGGGGAAACUGCUGCCAACAUUAGAUCACUUAUCAACUUAUUAGAUGCAAAUUAGUUAAUCUUCCUAGAAAGAAGAAUACAAUUCAAGGCUAUUUUAACAAUGUUGUUUCCAAAUUUGAUUUUUCUUGUUUGGAUUUUGUGAGCUCGAGUCUUCUUAGACCACCGCCCAAUCUGGUUUUACUAUGGAAGAUGUACUGGGUAGUACAUCUGAGUGAUACCCAUGUCUUCCAUAAUGUUGUCCAUUUUCCAUCAAUUUUCACGUGUCUAGGAUUUAGGAAGGCUAGAAACACAUAACAACACGCUUCUCGCUCUGUGGCUCUCAGAGCGUUACACAACAUCAGCCAGGAAUAUAAAGGAUAUAGCUGUUUUAAAAUGAUAAAUUAUUGUUAGGCAACCUAAAGCAAACACACUGUUACUCAUUUAUGCCAAACUAUCUACUAAGCUAAGCUAAUAGUUUUAUAACUUCAUAUUUUCAUUAAUAAGAAAAUCUAUGAUCUUGUUCAUUUCUCUUGAUGAUGGGCGAUUUAGAAUUGAUUAUUAGUCCUUUUACAUCCUGUAUUUGUUCCUUAUACAGGGUCCUUGUUUUGUGAUCUCUUAUAGGGCAGGUAAACAGAAUGUGAUUUAAAUUUCCUUUACUUCCGCAUUCGCAAUUUGGGUUAUCCUUCAUCUUAAUUUUGUAUAAGUGUUCUGGGGUUAGACAAUGAUUAGUUCUCAUUCUACAUGUCAUUGUUAUACUUUUUCUCAAUCUAUAUUUUAUUUUAUGGAACCAUGGUACUUUCUGGAGUAUAGUAUAGGGUAUAGGUUGGAUGUCACAAUAAUAUGCUUUACCCCCCUGGAACCACUCUUGAUAUAAUUUAGUCCACUUUCGCCACAAAUGGUCUUUGAUCAGUAAAAGGAGUCGAGUAACUAGUAUGGUGUUUUGUUGACUUAUAUUUUGUAAACUUUUUCCCUUUAACGCCUGUCUGUCAGCAAUCCUAUUUCCUCCUAUGCUUAUAUGUGAUGGUAUCCACAUUAAUUUGAUAUGAGGUCAAAAGUUCUUGUCUUGUACUCAGGGUAAUACAGGGUGUCCCAGAAUAUGUGGGCAAUCUCUCGGAUUCAGAUAGAACACAAAAAUAUAACAUGACAACUUCCUAUAAAAAAAAAAAUCCUACGGCCCCCCCUACGAAGUUACGUGCCCCUAAAUUACGCUUCUGAAAAUCGGUUUUUUGUUGAUAACUUUCAAAAUACUUAAUGUAUUUUUUUUUCUUUUAAUAUGAUGGAUACUAGAUAAGACCCCUUAAAAUGGACCCUUUUAAACACACUUGGCGAAUCUAGUUUGCCAGGGAUGGACUAGCUUUAACACAAUAAUGCUAAUUUUUUUUACACCCUGUAUGAUAUAGGCAUAGCAAUAAUAUUUUUGGAUAGUUUUAACCUUGAACUAGAAAAAAGGUACUCUUAUUCGAUGUGAAAAAAAUGAGCUGGUUUCGAGAAAAAUUUGUUUUUGUGUAUUAAUGGUUUUUUAUUAAAUAAUUUUUUAUGUCGAGAUCCUUCUAAUCUUAUGCAUUCCAUACCAAUUUUAAUGAAAAAUUGUUCGACUCUCGACAAUUCUUCAAUAUUAGCCCUUAUUUCGCGACAGUGGAAAUUAAUCCUUUCUACUAAUAUUUCCUCGGUGUCAUAUAGUUUUAGCAAGUCCGUCCUUGGCAAACAAGAUUGGUUAAGUGUGUUUGAGAGGGUCAUUUUAUGGGGUAGUAUCCAUCAUAUUAAAAGAAAAAAAAUACACAAAGUAUUUUGAAAGUUAUCAACAAAAAACCGAUCUUCACAGGCGUCCUUUAGGGGCACGUUACUUCGUAGGGGGGGCCAUAGGAAUUUUUUUUUAUAGGAAGUUGUCAUGUUAUUUUUUUGUGUUCUAUCUGAAUCUGAGAGAUUGUCCACAUAUUCUGGGACACCCUGUAUAGUCACUUUCUUUACAUAUUCCCAUCCUCUCAAUAGCCUGUAGUGCACUCAGUGAGUCCGAUACUAUAGCCACCCCUUUGGUAUGUACUCCUAUGUUUCGUACUACUUCCCGAAUAGCUAGCGUUUCGGCUAUGCAAAUUGAUGUCUUGUCCCUUUAGUCUUCUCAUAGUUAUUUUCUUACAAUACAUCAAAUUUUUGGGAUCCACUAAAGCAUCCGUAAAUGCUAUAUUGAGACCAUCUAGUGUUGUUGCAGCAAUGUGAUUGAAUUCUUUGCUGUUAUUACUGUUUUUAAAUAAAUUUAUUUUUGUGAACUGAAUUCUUUUGGUUUGAAUGUCGUAUAGGAAGUUAUAACAUGGUAGUUUUGUGUCAUGAUAUUAUCAAAUCCGUCCAUUAUUGCUGGUGUUGGUUUUCUUCGCCAGUAAGGAGGAUCUUCAUUAUAAAUUUGGUAGAAGUUGAGUAAUUGCCGUUUUAUUUUAUCAUUGUUUAGACGAAAAUUUAGCAGAUUAUCAAAUCCUACGAAGGUCUAUAUAGGGCAAUUCCACUGUUUCUGAUAGCAAAGCUCUGAUGGGUGUGCAUCUCAUACACCCUGUAAUUAUCUGUAAAGCCUGGUAUUGAAUAUUAUUUAUACUAUUCUAGUUUGCCUUUGAUGUUUUAAAAAUGUAUAAUAUACCAUAUUCUAGAUGUGAUAGAACAGCUCCAUUAAAUAUCAUUAGUAAUACUUUUGGAUCUGAUCCCCACCCUACUCUCGUAUGGUUAAGCCACAUGGCGACUCUUCUGAACUUGUUUUGUAUUUUUCCCUCUGCUAUAUUAGAUGUUUGUAUAAAUAGGGUUAAAUCAUCAGCAUAUCUCAAUAGUUGUAUAUCCUCAUCUUUUGGAAGAAGAUCGUUUAUUGAACACGUGUUUAGGUUGAAUAAUACUCGGCUAAGUGGCGAUCUCUGUAGGAGUCCCUUGUUUGUGUACCUAGUUCCUAUGACUUCUCCGGUAUCUGGGAAUUUAACGUAAACAAGCCGGUUUGUAAGGAUAUUGUGAAUAAAUCUAAUAGUUUUCGGAAAAUUUUGACUUUCUGUCUUUAAAUUCAAAAUGCCUUAAGCGAUUUUGUUCAAAUUUUUAGAGAGUGUGAUGUUCUCAAGCUACUUUCUAAAAAAAUCGUUUGAGUUACGCUCCUCCAAGACUGGACCUAGAGCGACUCUUUUUUUUUUUUUUUUAAGAAAAAGUUGGUACGCCCUUAGGUUUUUUGACAAAUAAAUAGUUAUUU